AUGAGUCUCGAAGUUCGUCGUCUCCUUUUGUUUCUCAUACUAACCCUUCCACUUGUCACAUCUUCAUCUCAAAACACACUCUCUGUUUCAGGAUUUGGGAAGACAGUGACUGCAAGAAGAUCGUUGGUGGUGAACAUCGAGGAUUAUGGUGAUCCAUCUGCAAACACCAGACAUGAUCCCAGCGUUCCGACAAAUGCAGAAGCUAACACAACACCUUGA